AUGCCGGCCAAGUCAGUGAUCUUCAUGGACUUGGUGAAGUUCGACGGGCAGCGGCGUCGACUGCUGAACGCCGGGGAGUUUGCGCAGAUGGCUGGACGCGCGGGCCGCCGGGGAAAGGACCCUCAAGGCCACGUCUAUGUGAUGCUGCACAGCUCCGAGAUCCUGGACCAGCCUGUGGAGUACAUUCUCGAGGACUUGUACUCUUCCUCGGCGCCUCAGGUUUCCAGUUGCUUUCGGCUUCGUUGGUCCUCUUUGCUGCAUCUCAUCUCCACCGGGCCAGCGCACCUCUACUCGAUGCUCACGAACAGCCUGCUCUCAUUCGCCGAUCCCCUGGCGGCAGAGGAGCUCAAGGACGAGGCCGAGCGGAAGAUACGCGCCCUGCAGGCCAUGAACUUCGUGGACUCCUCCUGCUCUGCCCUGCCGAAAGGAACUCUUGCUUGUCACUUCUUCGUACCAGACGAUGGCUUGCUUGUGUCCGAAAUCGUCCUGGCCCUGCAUGGUUUCAUUGGGUUGAGUGCUGCGCAGAUCUUUGCAGUGUGCGCAUGCUUCGUCGCAGAGGGAAGGCAUCCGGACAACUGGAAACGCUACGUUUCCGACGCCAAGGUCAAAGAGAGCAUUGCGACCUGUAAAAGCGUAGCUCAGCAAAUGGCUUGCCGACUCCACACCUUUUCGCUUCCGUGCUUCGAACGCUGCGAUCAGCUGACAUGUGGGUUUUGCGAUGGAGCUGCUUUCGCCGCUGCACGCGUGAACCCGAGCUUCGCGGAAACUGCUUACAGAUGGGCUCGCGGAGACGACUUCACCGAAGCCGUCUUGCAGAGCCGGGUGCCGGUUGGCGGUGAGGGGAUUGUCGUGCGAACCCUCCGUCGGCUCGACGAGUUCAUGAGGGAAGUGACGUUUGUCCUGCGCCAUGACCUCGGUGCAAUACAGGUGGCAGAUUCCAUCCGGGAGGCGCGGCUUCAGGCGCGUCGGGGUGUCGUCGCGAUGCAGUCGGUGUAUCUUGGCGAGCAGGACGAUGUAGCCGGCGAAGAGCUCGAGCCUGAACCUCCUUUUCCGCAACAACUGUUGCCACUAGGCCCCGGGUGGCUGGACCCUUUGGACAUCAUGUUCAGCCAGGGGCACUGCGCGGCGAAGUUUCGAAGACCCAUUGAGACAGGCACCUCAACAGCGGCAUCCAUCCUGGAGCUGGCGCAGGCACUUGCUCAUGGCGACUUGGACAUCUCUCAGUUUAGUCUGGAGGUUUAUUGGUUUCGACACCGCUUCUACUCGCUGGGCAACCGCCGUCUUGCCGCCUUCCGGCUGUGGAGGUUGCUGGUAGGGACUCCACUGUCAGUGCCCGUCGUUGUGGUGGACAAGUCGAGGGCCGUGAAGCGGCAUUGGCUCUCAAAGUUCACCACCGGGUUCACAGGGGGACGGAAAAUCCGAGUCACACAUACCGGAGAUUACAUUGGAAUGAGCCGCGAGCAGUCCACCUACGGCCAGUCUUUGUGGUGCGCAUGA